AUGAUUGACGACGAGGAAAUAUGUGAGCUCCUUCUCGCAGAGAUCCGUGAGCGUUUCCCGCUGUAUGAGUCGGUUAUUGAGACGGUCGGCUCUUCGCGUGUGGUGACGUGCAACGCUACGGGUGGCGCCAAGGGCUUUUUGCCGUACCCGGUCGUUGAGCAUGACGAGUUCACGUCGAAGAGUCUGCGAGACGUCGUGGAUGUUGUGGAUGCGUUGCGGCGCAGGGGUUGCGCGGAGGUAUUUUUGGUUUUUGUGGACAGCGGCGGCUCCCUGACUUUUUACCGCACGAGCGCAGUGCGUGCGUGA